UCCCCAGCCCCUGGAAACCCGAGCGUUCCGGCGAUGGCCUCGUCCUCGUCCGGCGUCCGUUCAUGGCGGACGGCGUUCCUCACUCUCAGAGACGAAACCCUAACCUCGCCCCCUCCCCACACCCUCUUCGCUCUCCUCCGCGACCUCGUCCUCUCCCUGCCCUCCGAUUCCUUGGUCGCCGCCGCCUCCGAUCUGCCCCCUCACGAGGUCACUUCGGAUGUGAUGCUUCUGGCCGAAUUGGCCUCGGCUGUUUCGGAGUGCCAAGGUGCCGCUGAUACCUUGGUUCGUGUUUGUCAUUUGAUACAUGAUGUUAGCUGCAGAAUCCUCCGGGAGAUUGAUUCUGCGUCCUGUACUGUUAUGCUGAGCUUUCUUCAAAAGACUGUGGAAUGCUCACUAGGCAUCUCUAGUACUCAGAGCAUCAUUUUGGAGAGCACUGCUAGAAUGAAAGCCGUAACAGAGAUUUUAGAUGUUCUCAGGUUUACUGUGAAGGCAUGUGGAAGAAAUAAUUCAUUAUCACAAAGCACACAGUUAAUCAGACUCCUUCUCAGUGUCAUUGCAUGCUUGCAUUUUGAGCUAAAUAAUCUAUUUCAUUCAAAUGGAACCAAUACUCCUGCUGCCAAUUCUGGAAUUGGAGAUUCAAAAUGGAAUGGCUUAUGGGAUAUGCAAACCAUUGCAUUUUCCAUGAUAGGAGAUGCUUUAUCUCGAACAGGAUCUUCCAUGGAGGCGAAUUUAUGGCAGUCCGUGGUUGAAGUUUUAAGAAAACUGAUGGAUUUCUUGGCAUCAAAGAACUUGAUUGUUGAAAACAAUGCCAUGUCCAGGUUUUACACCACUCUUUUUAAUUGUCUGCAUUUGGUUCUUUCAGAGCCAAAAGGUUCCCUUUCAGAGCAUGUGGCAGGUUUUGUGGCAACACUGCAGAUGUUUUUUAUGUAUGGUCUUCCUAGUAGGUCUUCUUUGCCGCCUGCAACCACUGGUUCAAAGGACAAAUCAUUUAGUUCUCCAGAUAUGAAGUCUGGACAAUUGGAUUGCAGACAAAGUGAACAUGGUCGUUAUAGACCCCCUCACCUACGCAAAAGGGAGGGGACUAAGAUUAAUUUAGUGGAUGCUCAAAGUUCUUCAGUUAGUGAGCCUUCAAAAUACGGAUUUGCAUCAUCUGAUUCAGAUCAUAGUGAUAGCGAUGGGCUUGUGAAGGACGGUGACCGUUAUCGAACCUCCAAAGUUAGAUUAGCUGCAAUUAUUUGUAUCCAGGAUCUGUGUCACGCUGAUCCAAAGUGGCUCACUUCUCUCUGGACGCUACUUUUGCCUGAAAAUGAUGUACUACAGCAAAGGAAGUAUCAAGCUACUCUCAUGACAUGCUUGAUCUUUGAUCCUGUAAUAAAGAUACGGAUAGAAUCAGCGACAACAAUAGCUGCUAUGCUGGAUAAACAUUCAUCAAUAUUGUUGCAAGUAGCAGAAUAUAGAGAUUCUUCUAAAUGUGGAUCUUUUACUACACUAUCUAGCUCCCUCGGUCAAAAGUUAAUGCAAUUACAUACAGGUUUAUUGUGCUUAAUGCAGCGUGAAACUCAUAGUGGAUUGCUUGCUUCACUGUUUAAAGCCCUCAUGCUCCUGAUAUCUGCUACACCGUAUUCUCGAAUGCCUGGAGAGCUGUUGCCAACAGUUAUUGCAUCUCUGCGUGCUAGGAUAAUGGAGAACCUUGCAUUAAAAAAUGAAAAUAUUGGUCUUCUGCUUAGCGAUCUUAGUUGCUUGGGUACAGCACUUUCUAAAUCACCUCCUUCAUUACAUGUCUUAAAAUUGCUUGAAGAAGGUGCUUCAGGUCAUACUCAACGAGAAUCAAGUGUACCUUUGCUUUUAUUGCAAUUAUCGGAGAGGGGGAGGCAUCCAGCAAUAAGAUUUGAGGCUUUCCAGGCCCUGAGAGCAAUAUCUCACAAUUACCCCAACAUAGUCAACAGAUUCUGGGAACAAAUUUCAGCUACUGUUUAUGAAUUGCUGCAAAUACAAAUUCUUGAUGAUUCUAGCUCUGAAGUUGUUGGUUCGUGUACGGGCGAAAUUGGCAAAACCUUAGGGUCAACCAUGGAGAGAUGCAUUAUGGCUGGUAUCAAGGUUUUGGAUGAGUGUCUUCGUGCAGCAUCUGGAUUUAAAGGAGCAGUUGACCUUCUAGAAUGCAGACUACAAGACAUCCAACAGAUAUCUGAUUCUUCUAGAAGGAAGAGGAUUUCGUCUGCCCCUUCAUACGAACUUGAUGGUCUAGGGGCAUCAAGCAAUUAUACAGCAGAUUGUCAGUCUGGGUGUGAGCAGUGGAAUGGGAUGAUUGAGAAGCAUCUACCUAAGUGUUUGCCACAUGCUUCUCCUAUGGUGAGGGCAGCAUCAGUUACAUGCUUUGCAGGAAUGACUUCUGCCGUUUUCUUCUCUCUCACCGAGGACAAACAAGAAUUUGUUAUUUCUUCAGCUGUUACUGCAGCAGUCAAAGAUGCAGCUCCAUCUGUCAGAUCAGCUGCUUGCAGGUCCAUUGGUGUAAUUGCAUGUUUCUCACAAAUUGUUUCUCGCUCAAGGGUGCUUAAUGAGAUUAUUCGUGCUGCUGAGUUCAACACACAUGACCCCUUAGCCUCGGUUCGUAUUACGGCCUCCUGGGCUUUAGCAAAUAUAUGUGAUUCUCUUCGCCACAAAGCAACCGAACUGCGCUUGGAGAACUCAGCAGGUGAAAUUACUGAUUCUAAGUGCAUAUCUCUUUUAGUGGAGAGUGCUUUGCAGUUAACCAAGGAUGGUGAUAAGAUUAAAUCUAAUGCUGUGAGGGCCCUUGGAAAUCUUGCAAGAUUCAUCAGAUUUACUCAUCAUUCUAUAACAAACGAUAGGCCAAGCAGCGUGUCAUAUUCAGCCUUGUCUGGUGAUUCCCAGUGGCUUGAGAGAAUGGUGCAAGCAUUUGUUUCAUGUGUGACUACUGGAAAUGUAAAGGUCCAGUGGAAUGUUUGCCAUGCUUUGAGCAACUUAUUUAUGAACGACACAUUGAAGCUGCAUGAUGCGUCUUGGGCACCUGCUGUUUAUAGCAUUCUUCUAUUGCUCCUUCGUGACUCUACCAAUUUUAAGAUCAGAAUACAUGCUGCUGUUGCAUUAGCUGUUCCAGCAACAAGGCUUGAUUAUGGGAGCUCAUUUCCCGAUGUCGUUCAAGGUCUAGAACACAUACUCGAAUCAUUAGGCUCAGACCACUCCUCAAUGCCGUCAAGUUUUAGAUAUAAGGACAAUCUUGAAAAGCAGCUUACAUCGACCACUUUGCAUGUGCUUGGUUUUGUUUCAUCUGCAGAUGACCAAGCUCUAAAAGACUUUCUCACAAAGAAAGCCCCUUUCCUAGAGGAGUGGUUCAAGAAGUUGUGCUUAGCAUUAAAGGAGGCUGAUGAUCAGCCCUCGGCAAGCGAGACUGCAUCUAGUGAAAACCAUGGGGAUGGUUCAACAUUGUACGUUCCAAAUAAAGCAGCGCUAUCCAGAGCAAUGAAGUCCUUGCUUGAUGUCUACAAACACAGCAAUCAUCAAACAGUUGCUCAAAGAUUUGAGAAAUUGGCAAAUGGUUUAACAUAAUCUCUUGGUCAUCCUUUUUUCUCCCUGCUAGAAAGGACGGCAUCCAUUAUGGAGACAUAUUAGUUGACUGGGAUGCAAUCGAAUCAAAGCCCAGCAGGUUUUCGCAACUCGCAAAUUACAGAUAGCACAUCCAAAGAGAUUCACUGCCGGGAAACCGAUCAAAAUUUGUUGACCUAAUUUCAUGGUCCAUCAGCCAGGAUUUUGGACACCUUAUCAGAUGCUUGUGCAUUUCUGUGCCUCCAAAAACCAUCUGUGGGCUGGAACGGAACUUUGCAUGAUAUUGUGUGGAAAGGUUAUGGUGUCAAUCUAUGUAAUGCUCAACUGCUUUGUGGUUUACAAUGAUUGUAUAUUCUGCCUUCUUUAACUGUAUAUUGAAAAGCAAUUAUAUUUUAUUCCCCAGGCGUUUUACAAUGGCCA